AUGAACCCAAUCCAAGUGAUGAAGGAAGGACACUUGGAGAAAAGAAGCAACGGACUGCUUCAGCUUUGGAAGAAAAAGCGUUGCCUCAUGACAGAAGACGGACUGCACUUAUAUGACUAUAAGUGCAAGGACACGACAGCGGCGCCCGGAUUGAAAGAGAAACAGAUACCCUUUGAACACAUGGUAACGGUGGAUUGUGUGGAGAACAAACGAGGUCUUGUUUACUUCACCAUUGUGAUGUCUGGGGGCAAAGAGAUCGACUUCAGGUGUCAGCAAGAAGGGACAGCCUGGAACGCUGAGAUCGCCCUGGCUUUGGUGCGCUUCAAAAACCGCCUCGCUGUUCAAACGGGGAAGAACCGGUAUCUGCACCAGAGCAGUAGCGACGAGGAUUUCAUUAGCUCUGGAUAA